UGAUGAAGACACACACCAGAAAAGGGAACACACAAUUUGCCAAUCAUAUCAACUUGAAGUUUCACAUACUGCAGAGGCCACCAGGAGUAUGCAGCAAAUGGAGAUGUUGGAUUCUGUGAACGAGCAACCGAGAUGUGGACAAAAAUGUAGGAAUACAAAUCAAACAGAGAGAAGAUUCAUUCAGCUGCUUUUCCUCAGCUUUGGUGUGCUGUGUAUCACACAAGCCAUUCUCAAUGUUUCUUUACGUCUUACUUUGUACUCCAACAAGGAAUCAACUCCCCCAUUCUGCAACACAACUCAUAUUACUGACCAAAACCAGAAGAAGAAGUUGGGAAUUGAUUAUGAUCAAAAGAGGCUUGGUGAUUGCAACAGGUUACACGAGAGAUUCAAUGCCUUGACCCGAGAUAAAAACCUGCUUGAAAACAGUAACACUGAACUCAACAACAGGAUAAUGACAUUGGAGGAGGAGAGGGACAGACUGAAAAUGAUACUACGGGAGCUGAGUGGUUCUGUGACCUCUCAGCAGUGUCCCACAGACUGGAAGAACAUCAGGUCCAGAUGUUACUUUCUCUCCAGUGAGAGUAAGACAUGGGAAGAAAGCAGAAGAUACUGUCUGAGUAAAGGAGCUGACCUGGUCGUGAUCAACACUGAACAGGAACAGAGAGACUUGUACCGUCUGGAUGGGACUUCUAAUCUCUUGUUCUGGAUCGGUCUGCACGACACAGGUGGGACCUUCAAAUGGGUGGAUGGAUCUGCGCUGACUAAACCAUUUUGGCAGUCUGGUCAGCCAGAUCGUGGUGGUCCUAACAACAGAGAGGACUGUGUGGAGAUGUAUCACUCUAACCCAGUGCUGGCCAACUGGAACGACGCCCCCUGUGGAAGCAAGCGGCACUGGUUGUGUGAGAUGGAUCCAUUUACCAGUUAGUGUCAGAUCAAGAACAUAAUGUAAUGUGUGUGUAUAUGUGAUUGACUUAAUGUGCUUUUGCGUGCAGCAGCUCAAAGAAGUUCACAUUGUAAAAAUCUCUGAAUAAAAGCUGAUUGUUAAACAACAAUACAUGAAAACAUUACAAUACAUUAAAUCCUAUUACUUUAUAAAGGGAGACUUAUAAGAAGAUUUUACCCAAGUAAUUAGUAAAGAUAUCUGCUGGCAAACUGAAAUACAAAAGAUGACAUUACUGUCAGUAAGGUACUGCUUUUAAUUCUUUAAACCAAAUUUCUUUUAAACAAAUAGAUAAAUAUGAGCAGGUGCAAUCCAGUACUGACAGUAUGUAUCAUUACAGUAAUAAUGACCUUAAUAAGAAUUAAUAAUUGAAAUUCCACAUCAAUGUAAUUUCUGCACCAUGUGACCCUCAGACAGAGGGAGUGUUCAUGACAGAGCUCGCUGGUAAAACAUGAGUCAUCUUUAAAGGUUCUGAAAGUUUCAUAGGUCAAAUACAGAGAAAUCAAAUCUCACAUUUUCCAUGGUGGAAGUCUGUUGUGCUGCUUUCGUCAGUUUCUCUGAGUCUUUAGUCUUUGUCAGGAUGGAGGAAGUUCUCAGCAGAAGUGAUAAUUUUGAGGAAACAGAGUCAAGUGAAACUUUUCUUCACUGUUUUGUUUACAUUUAAAAGAUGAUCAUGUAUAAAUGAUGUACCUGGAGACAAACAUAGCAACCAUGGAAUCCUCAGCCUCCAUUUUGUGCACACCAGUUUUUACAGACACAUCUCACCUCUGUGAUCUGACGUUUUAUCCAGUCCAUCUGCAACAAACCUGAGAUCAAACCCAUGUUUAUCUAUGUAGAAAUGUUCACAUCUGACAGUGUCCUCAGUCGUAGGAGAAAACAAGCACCUUCCCUUUGACAAUUAUGGCUCCAGGGUGUUGUAGCAGUCCUCCACCACCUGAGGGAGCAGAACAACUAAACAUUUCAGCAGAUCAGAAAUUAGAGCGAGCUAUUGACCUCCAUGGAAGCAGAUGGACACUGUGGACAAUGUUACAGUUUGUUGUAGUGGCUCUGACAUUUUGUGUUAUUUUAGCAUAAGAGCACUUAAAUUACUUUUAUAUCUCUUAAUUGUAGAGACUCUUUAGUGACCUACGUACUGUGUAAUGAGUCAAGGAUUUUUUUUUCACAGCAGACACUUUGACCUGUCAUAGUAAGAAGCACAGGUGUUGCUAAUUACAUGGAUGUGUUGUAUUGUAUCUCAGUAAGUCAUGACAGUGUGACAGUGAGCCAUGAUUUAUGAGGGGCCCCUAGGGACGUAAUAUAGAAUUACCAUGCACAUACAGAUAUGAAACCAACUCACUCACAUUAUAUACUGAAAUCUCUCACACAUACAAGUAAUUAUAAACUCUUACAUAUACAACUGAAAUGUUCUCUCACACACAAUAUUGAAAUGUUCUCACACACACACACUUGAAAAAAUGUUCUCACACACAUAUUUAUAUAAACAGUUGUGUAUGUAAGAGCUUUUUACUGGUAUGUAUGAUAGGUUUUCAGUAUAUAAUAUGAAUGAGUUCGGUGUCACGUGUAUGUACAAGGUAAUUCUGAAUUAUGUCCCUUGGGGUCCCUCAUAAAAUCUGCUGUCUUGAUUCUCUGCAGCUCUUCUUCUGCAGAUAAAUGGAUGAUGCUGACCUUUUUUUUUUAACAUGGCAACUAGAAACUGUGAAAACUGACCUGGAGCAGUAAAAGAUAGACUACAUGAAACUGGCUCUUGCAGGUGGUAAGAGAAAUGGCCUGUGAGUCCCGGAGCAUCAUGGGCUGCACAGAAACCCUGUCAUACUAGGUAGUAGUAGAAUUAGUAUGUGUAAAAUUCCUGAUUUUGGCCAGCAAACUGUGCCACAUGUCUACAGUUAUUUCUACAAAUUUUCUGAAAAUGUCUGAAGACAAAUGUUGACUUAUGCAGAACUGUGUCAGUAUUAUUUAUCAGCUGCAAUGGAACUUGAGAAGACAUGCUACAUACCUGUGGAUCACUGACUACACCUGUCUUGGAUUUUCUAAGCCAUCAUCAAUAUUAUUAGUAACACCUGUGUUUUUCCCAUUAUUAAAAAAGGUGAAAAAGAUGUGAAAAAAGCCUAAUGAUGUCCAAUUGUGAUGUCGAACAUCCAAAGAUUGUCAUCCUUAUGCUCCUGAUUGUGACUCUGCAAUCCUCUGAUAUAUAACAUCAUAUAUGAAAUUUGUGCUGUCGCUCUUGUAUGUGAUUUGUACUUUGCUUGGGCCACUGUAACAAACAGCCAUAAAAAUAAUUGCUAUCGA